CGACGACAGACGAACUUAUUACUUUUCUUCUCCUUCUUCACAGAAACAAAGUCGCAACCAUGGCAGACAAAGCGCCCACCUCCGCGAGCGACCUGCUCAACGGCGCACAAUCGCAAGCCAAGACGCCUGAAGAAGUAGCCAAAGAAAACGACCUGCUGCCCAAACUCGUCUCGCACCUCGAUCGCCAUCUCAUCUUCCCCCUGUUGCAGUUCGUCGCGGACCAAGAGGAGGAGCCGACGCCGGAGAUCACGAGAGCGAAAUAUGAGUUGUUGAAGAAGACAAAUAUGACGGAUUACGUGGCGACGCUGUAUUGCGAGUUGGAGGGCGUGGAGGAGGCACCGAAGGAGUUUGCUACCAAGAGGCAGGAGGUGUUGGAUCGGUUGGAGAAGUUUGGGGAGGAGAGCGAGAAGAUUACGGAUCUUUUGGGGAGAGAGGAUGUUGUUACUAGUUUGAGGAGUGAUAAGGUUGCUAACUUGGAGUUCUUGAAGAAGGAGCACGAUGUCACUAUGGAGAUGGUCAAUGUCUUGUAUGACUUUGGCAAUUUCCAAUACAGCUGUGGUAACUACGCUGCGGCUGCCGAGCUCCUUUACCAGUUCCGAGUCCUCUCUACCGAUAACGACAAGGUUUCCGCUGCGACAUGGGGAAAACUUGCUUCUGAGAUCCUGACUACGAACUGGGAGUCUGCGAUGGAGGAGGUUCAAAAGGUCAAGGAGUCGAUCGAUACCAAGCUCUUCAACAACCCACUCGCACAACUCACCCACCGAAAUUGGCUCAUCCACUGGUCUCUUUUCCCAUUCUUCAACUACGAGCCAGCCCGCGAAACUCUCUGCGAACUCUUCUUCUCCGCCCCAUUCAUAAAUACCAUCCAAACCGCUUGCCCCUGGAUCCUGAGAUAUCUCACCGCAGCUGUCAUCACCAACCGAAGCCGAACGCGCAACACUGGUCAAUACCAAAAGCAACUCAAAGACAUCAUCCGAAUCGUCAAGCAAGAGAAUUAUGAGUACAACGACCCCGUCACCGAUUUCAUCAAGGCCCUCUACAUCGAUUUCGACUUCGAAGAAGCACAAAAGAAACUCUCUGAAGCCGAGGAGGUCCUACGUUCCGAUUUCUUCCUAGUCGCUGCAUCAGAUUCGUUCGUUGAGGCAGCCAGACAUCUCAUUUCGGAAAGCUACUGCAAGAUCCACCAGAGAAUCGAUAUCAAGGAUCUCAGCACCAGACUAGGACUCAACCAAGACGAGGGCGAGAAGUGGAUUGUGAAUUUGAUCAGAGAUACCCGGGUAGAUGCCAAGAUCGACUACAAGGAGGGAACGGUCGUUAUGAACCAUCCCCCAAGUAGCGUUUACCAGCAAGUUAUUGAGCGGACGAAGGGUGGGUUCUUCAGGACUCAGGUUCUGAGUGCUGCGGUUGCGAAGUGAAGUAGCGCUCACUAGCUAGGAGAAGAAAGAAUUUACCAGCUUGUGGGGAAGUGCAUAGAGGAUCAGGAUUUUGCAUGGCUGGCGUUUGGGCUGGGUCAGGGGCAAAGCAAAAUCUUUUGAUCUGAUGAUCUUUGUUUGUGGGUGUAUGAGGGUGGUGGACUGGGAUUAUAAUCCAGCUGCUGCUGAUGGUACAUUAUCGAGAGAUAGAAAUGCAUCGUUCAGCGUUCUCUGCACGUCAAAUGUUUGGAAAAAUGUCUGUG